CAUGGGAUCCUAAAAAAGGGAAGGGGCUAGAGAAGAUUGUGUUCUCCCAAAUACAACCUGAGGGUGCACACAGCCCACCUAGGACCCCUCCCCAGGAGUGGGGGCGCAGCCUUCUAGGACCAGCGAGUGAGGAAGGUUUCCUGCCCCCGCACUCCCCUGCCCAGGUGGAGAUGGGGUGGGGUUUCCCCUUGGUAGCUGUGGGCGGGCGGCUAGAGGCGGGGGCUGGACCUGGGGGCGGGGGCAAGCUGGGGUCUCUGAGCUGCCAGGGUGGCCAGGGGCACACAGUAGCGGCCACCGAGGAGCAAACAGCAGUGACAAGCAAGCAGAGGUGUCCCCGCGACGGCACCUUGCAUGGAGCUGGGACGCUGAGAGCCGCUGACAUUCCCUGGUCCUGGUUCCGAGGCUCAGCCGGCUUCUGUCUACUGUCCGGCACCCGGGCUGCCCGGGUCUCAGACCUGGCAUUCUGAGGCAUGGAGCGGUGCAGCCGCUGCCACCGCCUCCUUCUGCUCCUACCUCUGGUGCUGGGGCUGAGCGCUGCCCCGGGAUGGGCAGGUGCACCCUCUGUGGACGUGCUCCGUGCGCUGAGGUUCCCCUCCCUUCCGGAUGGUGUCCGGAAAUCAAAAGGGGUCUGUCCAGCUGAUGUGGCCUACCGCGUGUCACGGCCUGCCCAGCUCAGCGCGCCCACCCGGCAGCUCUUCCCAGGAGGCUUUCCCAAAGAUUUCUCUCUGCUGACUGUUGUGCGGACCCGCCCUGGCCUCCAGGCUCCCCUCUUGACGCUGUACAGUGCCCAGGGGGUCCAGCAGCUGGGCCUGGAGCUAGGUCGCCCUGUCCGCUUUCUCUAUGAGGACCAGAGGGGACGGCCACAAGCCCCCGCUCAGCCUGUCUUCCGAGGCCUCAGCCUAGCAGAUGGCAAGUGGCACCACGUGGCUGUGGCUGUGAAGGGUCAGUCUGUCACCCUCAUUGUGGACUGCAAGAAGCGAGUGACCCGGCCCCUUCCCCGGAGCGUGCAUCCGGUGUUGGACACCCAUGGGGUGGUGGUCUUUGGUGCCCACAUCCUAGAUGAUGAAGUCUUUGAGGGUGAUGUUCAAGAGCUCCUCAUUGUCCCAGGCGUCCAAGCUGCCUAUCAGUCUUGUGGACAGAGGGAUCUGGAAUGUGAGAGGGCACAGAGAGAUGGACCUCAGGUUCAGAAGCCUCACAGAGCCCAGAGAUCUCCAAAGAAGCAGCCAGCAAGACUUCAUAAGCCGCAGAGCCAGGAGCCCCAGCAGCAGCCUCUCUAUUAUGACUACGAACCCCCCUAUUACGAUGUGAUGACUACGGGGACGGCCCCUGAUUACCAGUACCCCACUCCAGGUGAAGAGGAAGGAGCCCUGGAGUCCAGUCCCUUGCCAUUCCUUGAAGAGGAACAGACAGAUCUUCAGGUGUCCCCAACAGCCGACACUUUCCAGGCAGAGGAAUAUGGGGAGGGUGGCACAGACGCGCCAGCAGGGAUCUACGAUUACACCUAUGGCUAUGGGGAUGAUUAUCGUGAGGAGACCGAGCUUGGCCCUGCCCUCUCUGCGGAGACAGCUCACUCAGGAGCCGUUGCCCAUGGACCCCGGGGGCUAAAGGGAGAGAAGGGAGAGCCUGCGGUGCUGGAGCCUGGCAUGUUCGUAGAGGGACCACCGGGCCCAGAAGGCCCUGCGGGGUUAAUUGGACCCCCUGGCGUCCAGGGGAACCCAGGCCCAGUUGGAGACCCUGGUGAGAGGGGCCCCCCUGGCCGGGCAGGGCUCCCCGGAUCAGAUGGACCGCCUGGUCCUCCUGGCACUUCUCUGAUGCUCCCCUUCCGGUUUGGCAGUAGUGGGGGUGACAAGGGCCCCGUGGUGGCAGCCCAGGAGGCCCAGGCCCAGGCGAUUCUGCAGCAGGCACGGCUGGCCCUCCGUGGGCCCCCUGGCCCCAUGGGAUACACGGGCCGCCCUGGGCCCUUGGGGCAGCCUGGGAGCCCUGGCUUGAAGGGAGAAUCUGGAGACCUGGGCCCACAGGGCCCCAGGGGACCUCAGGGCCUCACAGGCCCUCCUGGCAAGGCUGGUCGAAGGGGCCGAGCAGGUGCCGAUGGAGCCCGUGGGAUGCCUGGAGAACCUGGCGUGAAGGGAGACAGAGGUUUUGAUGGACUUCCGGGGCUACCUGGCGAGAAGGGACAGAGGGGUGAUACAGGUGCUCAGGGCCUUCCCGGGCCUCCUGGCGAGGAUGGAGAGCGGGGCGAUGAUGGAGAGAUUGGACCCCGGGGGCUGCCUGGAGAGUCGGGACCCCGAGGACUUCUUGGCCCCAAAGGUCCACCUGGUAUUCCUGGUCCCCCAGGAGUCCGAGGCAUGGAUGGUCCCCAUGGCCCCAAAGGGAGCUUGGGACCCCAAGGAGAGCCAGGGCCUCCUGGACAACAGGGCACUCCAGGGACCCAAGGCCUCCCCGGACCUCAGGGUGCCGUCGGGCCUCAUGGAGAGAAGGGUCCUCGAGGGAAACCAGGCCUCCCUGGCAUGCCUGGAUCAGAUGGACUCCCGGGUCACCCAGGGAAGGAAGGUCCCCCCGGAACCAAAGGGAACCAGGGUCCCUCUGGUCCACAGGGUCCUUUAGGAUACCCAGGCCCUCGAGGUGUCAAGGGUGUGGAUGGAAUUCGGGGCCUGAAGGGCCACAAGGGUGAAAAGGGCGAGGAUGGCUUUCCUGGGUUCAAAGGUGACAUAGGCGUGAAAGGAGACAGGGGUGAGGUUGGAGUCCCUGGUUCCAGAGGAGAAGAUGGCCCCGAGGGGCCGAAAGGACGUACUGGGCCCACUGGAGACCCCGGGCCCCCCGGGCUCACGGGCGAGAAGGGCAAGCUAGGUGUUCCUGGUCUGCCUGGCUACCCUGGACGCCAGGGUCCUAAGGGGUCCCUAGGUUUUCCUGGUUUUCCUGGAGCCAGUGGAGAGAAGGGAGCUCGGGGCCUGUCUGGGAAAUCAGGACCUCGGGGAGAACGGGGCCCCACGGGUCCAAGGGGUCAGCGGGGACCCCGAGGUGCCACUGGGAAGUCCGGAGCCAAGGGAACAUCAGGUGGUGAUGGUCCCCACGGGCCACCCGGAGAGAGGGGUCUUCCUGGACCUCAAGGCCCCAAUGGAUUUCCUGGUCCCAAAGGCCCUCCGGGCCCUGCAGGGAAGGAUGGGCUGCCGGGACACCCAGGCCAGAGAGGAGAAGUGGGAUUCCAAGGGAAGACCGGCCCCCCAGGACCCCCUGGAGUGGUGGGACCUCAGGGAGCAGCUGGGGAAAGCGGUCCCAUGGGGGAGAGAGGUCACCCUGGCCCCCCAGGACCUCCUGGCGAGCAAGGACUGCCUGGAACAGCUGGAAAGGAAGGGACCAAGGGUGAUCCUGGCCCCCCUGGUGCCCCGGGGAAGGAUGGUCCUGCUGGUCUAAGAGGCUUCCCAGGAGAGAGAGGCCUCCCGGGCACUGCUGGUGGACCUGGCUUGAAGGGAAAUGAAGGCCCAGCCGGCCCUCCUGGCCCUGCAGGCUCCCCUGGGGAACGAGGUGCAGCAGGAUCAGGGGGCCCCAUUGGUCCACCGGGGCGUCCAGGCCCACAAGGUCCCCCUGGAGCAGCAGGAGAGAAAGGCGUCCCGGGUGAGAAGGGCCCCAUUGGUCCUACUGGCCGAGAUGGGGUGCAGGGCCCUGUGGGGCUUCCUGGUCCUGCGGGCCCGCCAGGUGUGGCUGGAGAGGAUGGAGACAAGGGUGAGGUGGGAGACCCAGGACAGAAGGGCACCAAGGGGAACAAGGGAGAACAUGGCCCUCCUGGACCUCCUGGUCCCAUCGGUCCUGUGGGGCAGCCCGGAGCAGCGGGAGCUGAUGGGGAGCCUGGAGCUCGGGGGCCCCAGGGGCACUUUGGAGCCAAAGGUGACGAAGGAACAAGAGGAUUCAAUGGGCCCCCAGGACCCAUUGGCCUACAGGGCCUGCCAGGAUCUCCCGGGGAGAAGGGAGAAACAGGAGACGUGGGGCCUAUGGGACCGCCUGGCCCUCCAGGACCCCGAGGCCCCGCUGGACCCAAUGGUGCUGACGGCCCACAAGGACCCCCUGGAGGUGUUGGGAACUUGGGUCCCCCUGGAGAGAAGGGUGAACCUGGGGAGUCAGGCUCUCCAGGACUCCAGGGUGAGCCGGGCAUCAAGGGUCCGCGUGGAGAGCGUGGCGAGAAAGGGGAGACGGGGCAGGCGGGAGAGGCUGGACCACCAGGGCCCAAAGGCCCCACAGGCGAUGACGGCCCCAAGGGGAACCCUGGUCCUGUUGGCUUUCCUGGGGACCCUGGCCCCCCUGGAGAAGCUGGCCCACGGGGCCAGGAUGGGGCUAAGGGAGACCAAGGAGAGGACGGCGAGCCAGGACAGCCUGGAUCCCCUGGUCCCACUGGGGAGAAUGGACCCCCUGGGCCCCUUGGAAAGCGGGGACCUGCUGGCACUCCUGGUCCAGAGGGACGACAAGGAGAGAAGGGAGCGAAGGGGGACCCUGGUGCUGUGGGGGCCCCAGGAAAGACAGGUCCUGUGGGUCCUGCAGGCCCAGCGGGAAAGCCUGGCCCUGAUGGUCUUCGGGGGCUCCCGGGCUCAGUGGGUCAGCAAGGCCGUCCAGGAGCCACAGGCCAGGCUGGGCCCCCAGGUCCUGUGGGACCCCCAGGGCUUCCUGGCCUCCGGGGUGAUGCUGGAGCCAAGGGAGAGAAGGGUCACCCAGGUCUCAUUGGGCUGAUUGGGCCGACUGGAGAGCAAGGAGAGAAGGGUGACCGGGGCCUUCCUGGCCCUCAGGGUGCCCCCGGACAGAAGGGAGAGACGGGUAUCCCAGGAGCAUCUGGGCCCAUCGGUCCUGGAGGGCCUCCUGGCCUGCCUGGACCCGCUGGCCCCAAAGGAGCCAAAGGAGCCACAGGCCCAGCUGGACCCAAGGGAGAGAAGGGCGUCCAGGGCCCUCCCGGCCACCCGGGCCCCCCGGGUGAGGUGAUCCAGCCCCUGCCCAUCCAGAUGCCCAAGAAGACCCGCCGCUCCGUGGAUGGAAGCCAAUUGAUGCAGGACAACGAGGCGCUGCCCACGGGUGGUGCCCCGGGCAGCCCUGCGGGGCUGGAGGAGAUCUUCGGCUCACUGGACUCUCUGCGGGAGGAGAUCGAGCAGAUGAGGCGGCCCACGGGGACCCAGGACAGCCCUGCGCGCACCUGCCAGGACCUGAAGCUCUGCCACCCCGAGCUUCCCGAUGGAGAAUACUGGGUGGACCCCAACCAGGGCUGUGCUCGAGAUGCCUUCAGGGUGUUCUGCAACUUUACAGCAGGAGGGGAGACUUGUGUUACGCCCAGGGAUGACGUCACACAGUUCUCCUAUGUGGACUCCGAGGGCUCUCCAGUGGGUGUGGUCCAGCUCACCUUCCUGCGGCUGCUCAGCGUCUCCGCCCACCAGGAUGUCUCCUACCCAUGCUCCGUAGUAUCCCAUGACGGUCCGCUGAAACUCCGGGGGGCCAAUGAGGAUGAAUUGAGCCCCGAGACCAGCCCUUACGUCAAGGAGUUCAGAGAUGGCUGUCAGACCCAGCAAGGCCGGACGGUGCUGGAGGUGCGCACGCCUGUGCUGGAGCAGCUGCCCGUCCUGGACGCUUCCUUCUCAGACCUGGGGACCCCCACGAGGCGCGGAGGCGUGCUGCUGGGGCCUGUCUGCUUCAUGGGCUAGGCCCUCUGACCCUGUCAACCGAAAACCAGGUCCACCUGGGGUCACGCAGCAUGGACUCUGUGCCACCUCCCAUGAGGAUCCCUCAUCACCUAGGGGGCCUUGGGCCAGGGCACCUCAAGCCUCAAGUUGGGGGCAGCAGCCAGGGGUGGGGUGAACCAGGGGGUGCCGGGACAGUCCAGGGGAAGGGUGUUAUCUGGGCCUCAGCUCUCCCUCUGGUGACCCGUUAGAGAGCUGAGACCUUUAUUUAAAACACUCUCCUGUCACCCCAAAUAAGUGGAAGAGAAAGGACACUGUGUAUUUUGUAUUUAAAAAAAAUAAUUAUAUUAAUUAUUUAAAGAGUGAAAAAAACAAAGUAACAGAGGAUAAAGAGAGAAAUGCCAAAAACCCCAGCCGAUAUUGGGAACAGGUGCUGCAAGGGUGGGCCCGAGCCCCACCCUCCCUCAGGGUUUUCCUUAGUGCCUGUGGGUGUGGCUUUCUGGGCUGAAUCUCCCCUCCUCGCCUUCCCCCUGGGGCACCGCCAAUGCUGGAUUGCAUGGCUUCCCCUGCCUCAGGACUCCAGCUCUCUCUCCCAGGGUGGGAGCUCCGAGACCACCUGUCCCUGGCAGGAGGGGCCACUCAAGGCCAGGCCACUCCUCCGGGGGAGACCAGACUAGAGGGCUGUGCAGGGCCUGCCUCUGGUUCCUCAGUGUGUGGAAGUCGUCAUGGCUCUCAGCACUGUCCUGGCUACAUAGUUCCUCCCCUGGACACCUCCUCAGCGUCUCCGACCCUGGAAAGAAAGCUAAUGUCUAGCCUAUGGCUGGAAGGGACCCCCAGGACCCCUCUGGCCCUGUGCCCAAGUCCUUCCUGACUGACGGUUAAAUAAUGUGAUUGUCUCC